CGCUUGGGAAACAUUGGUAAUGAUCAUUUGAUCGUACGCAGCACACGAGUCUAUGUUCGGCACGGUUGAAUGGAAAAUAUCGGAGGACAUUUAAAAAUCUGUGCCCAAUAAUGGUAUAGUUAUGUGAAAUUUACAAUAGUAAACGAUAUGGUGUUAACAAUGACUGCUGGCUAAUGUUGGAUAAAGGAUUUUUUCUCGCACUUCCUUACUAGAAAAACAGAUUUAUACAAGUACGACUCAAGACAUGAUAUACGCAAGUUAUCUCUGGCUGCUUCUGUGCUACGCUCAAAAUGCUAGGAGUAACCUUGACGAGGAGAGCGUGGAGGAGCUGUCGAACCGAUUCCUCGGGCGGGGCACCCCGCAGUGGCACUCGCUCCCCAUCCGCCUGGACGUAGACCGGGCGUCUGGUUGCCUCUGCCGGUCCACGUAUAACCGUAAAGUGAUCGUUUGCUUUGGGAACUAUAACUGCAAAAAAAUUCCACGGGUCAAGAUGAAAAGUGAUCUUCUAAAAGUAAGAACAACUUCCAUAACAAGCGUACACAUUGGAGAUCUCGACGUUUUUUAUUAUUUGAAGAUAUUAGAAAUAGAGGCGAAUCAUCAGUUAACUUAUAUAGAACCUGGGUCCUUUCGGAAUUUGAGCAACCUGGAACACCUAUCUAUAUCCUACAACACAGCCCUCUAUACAAUAGGUAACAGAACAUUUGAAGGAUUGAGAAAUCUCAGAAAUCUAACAUUAGUAAAUAAUGGAUUCACAAAUAUACGACUUCUGACACCGGCAUUGAUACCGAGUAUUCUUCCAUCAUUAAAGUGGUUGGAUUUAUCUAAGAAUAAUUUAGAAGAAAUUCCCGAGGAUGCUUUUGUGCCAAUGCAAGGAACUUUAUUACAAAAGUUGGAUGUUUGUUUAUGUCGACUGGACUUCAUUCAUCCUAACAGUUUUCUACCGUUGAAGGAAUUGAAAAAGUUGCAUAUUGGAGAAAAUGAUUUGGAUCCGUCCUUAAUAGGCAAUUUUCUAGCCAAAAUGUCACAAUCUAAUAUUAAUUUAAGUUACCUUGAUUUAUCUGGUAUGGGUUUCAGAAAAUAUCCACCAAAGGAACUUAUGUAUAUAAUUGCUCAAACAACCAUUAAAACACUUAUUCUAGCUCAAAACCAAUUCGAAAUCAUUCCUGAUGAUGCAUUCCCUGAAAUGGUUAAUAUAGAACUAUUAGAUUUAAGGAAAGUAUUUGCUAUUUCAAUAGGAUCUAAUACUUUUGAACCUCGUAAAUUUCCGAAUCUCAAAAUUUUACUACUAGGAGGUAACAAUUUACCUGGUGUACAUAAAAAGCCAUUAUCUAGCCAAUUACUACUUUUAGAUUUAUCUAAUAAUAAAGGUAACUCUGAAAAUCCGAUGUAUUAUGAAAUUGAUCAAGAUGCGUUCUUGGGGACUAAAAGUUUAAAAAUAUUAAAUAUUGGAUUUAACAUGAUAAAAUCUAUACACAAUUACACGUUUCGCGGUUUAGAUAAUUUAAAAAUGUUAAAUAUGGAGAACGGUACAUUAUAUUAUAUUGGACCUGGCACGUUUAAAUAUACUAAACAUCUAGAAAUACUUAAUUUAGCAAAUAAUCCUUUAAAUGUAAACGGAAACAACUUUACUAGUGCCCAAUUUGAGGGUUUGAAUAAGUUGGAAGUUUUAAUAUUAUCAAAUUGUGGUAUUACAAAUUUUAAUGAUGACGAUAACAUUUUUGAGAUGAUGCCAAUGUUAUUACAUCUAAUACUAAGGAAUAAUCAACUGUAUUUCAUUACUGCUGAAACAUUGAAGCCAUUAAAAUGUUUGCAAGUUCUGGACUUGAGUGAAAAUCUUUUGAUAUCAUGGUGGAAACCUCUAUUCUUAGCUGCAGGAGUUAAGCCACUACAACUGUAUUUAACGAACAAUAAGAUCUCCCAUUUCACUAUCAGCAUGAUACAAGAUAUAAGUUAUCUGCUAGAGGACAGACAUAAUCGAACAGUAGAAAUUGAUCUUAUGAACAAUGUUUUCACAUGUGAUUGUAGUACAAUGUAUGAGACUGCGUUGUGGUUAGAAAUGAAUGGAUCUGCACCACUGAGACAGUAUUUUUCUCACUCUAAAUUUCAAUGCAAUAGUCCAGACGUCUGGGAAUCUUUUAGAGUAAGUAAUUAUAUGGAAUCUAUGAAAAAGUCACACUGUUAUGUUUAUAAAAAAAUCUCGAAUGUAAUAAUUCUUGUUUGGACCGCACCUUCUUUGGUUACCUUAAUUUUAAUAGCAAUUAUAGGAUUAUUUCUAUAUAAAUAUAGAGUCUAUAUUAAAUACUGGAUAUUUUUAGCUAAAUUAGCAUUAGGUAGAACAUUUAUAAGAAAUUCUCUGAAGGCUGAUAAAUGUGAGCCCAAGAAAUAUAAGUAUGAUGCAUUUGUUUCUUACUCUAAUGAGGAUAGAGAAUUCAUUUCAGAGGUUAUAACUCAAUUAGAGAAGAGUCCGCCUUAUUUGAAACUCUGUAUUUACGAGCGAGACUUCGAAAUCGGUUCGUUUAUUUCAGAGUCUGUAUUGUCAAGUAUUAAUGAAAGUAAAUUUGUGGUGCUGGUGAUUAGCACCAAUUUUGCAAGAUCUCAGUGGUGCCGAUGGGAAACGCAGCUAGCUGAAUACCAUAGAAUAUUUCUUGAAGACGGCACCAACUAUGAUCCACUUAUACUUAUAAAAAUAGGGGAAAUAGAGAGCAAAUAUUUAACAGCAACUCUUAAAUUUUUAAUGAAAACAAAAGUUUAUCAUACAUGGGAUGAAAAUAACAGGGAAGAAUUUUGGAUAAAACUACGAAAUGUCUUAACAAAAGAUGUACACAUAUGAACAAAAUAUUGAGUUUAAUAUACAAAUUCAUCCGAAAAUUUAACCACUUUCAAAACAUGGGAUGUUGGUCAAAUUCGAGCCAUAAUACUAUUCAAAGAACUUUGUGAAGUCAACAGAACAUUUAUCAUAAAUUAUUUAAUACUUAUAAAUGAAUAUAUCAAGCGAAAAACAAUGUACAAAAUUUUAUGACAAUAAACACUUACAUAUCUGUAAUAUAACAACAGUUUGUUUGUAAAUUCCAACGAGAAAAUCACCCUCCUGCAUUGGGUAUUAACUCUGGUAUAUCGCUUAAUUUAUUUAUUCUUUAUUGCACAAUAAAAUUCGUAAAAAUGGCCAGCUUAGCUGAGUUUAGCUUCAGUCACAAGUCAAGACUGUUACGCCAGGGUACAAUAAGGUCAUACGCCAACUACCUACUUAUUUGUAAAUUAAAAAAAUAUAUAAAAAUUGUUUUUUCUUUUAAUUUUUACCGAGUAACGGUAAAAUCAUUUCCCGCCACCGCACCGACCACGCAUACCUUUAA